ACCUCCCCAACACACAGAGAGACACUCACUCGCGCGCGCACACACGCGCACACACACAUUAGGAGACCGCCCACCGCAGAGCUAAGACCCCAUAGAUUUAAAGAGAGACUGCAUUCAGAGCCUGACGUUCAUUCAAUAGAGCGAUCAUAUUAGGCAGGGUGUCUGUCUGGCGUCCUCUUUUCGUUUCUCGCCUUACUCCUGCCACUUGAGGUUGUCUUCUAUUUCGCUGAGGGGAAAUAACUAAGGAUGUUAAAUCAAAGAAUCUUCCCUGGCAUGGUUUUUCUCUUGAUGUUUUUCUGCCACUUCCUGGAAGAUCAAACAGCACAGGCUGGGAAUUGCUGGCUCCGGCAAGCCAGGAACGGCCGCUGCCAGGUUCUCUACAAAAACGGUCUCAGCAAGGAGGAGUGCUGUAAAAGCGGCAGGCUUACCACUUCGUGGACCGAGGAGGAUGUUAGCGAUCACGUGCUUUUCAAGUGGAUGAUUUUUAGUGGGGGCGCCCCAAACUGCAUCCCUUGCAAAGAAACCUGUGAGAAUGUGGACUGUGGGCCUGGGAAGAAAUGCAAAAUGAACAAGAAGAACAAACCUCGGUGUGUCUGUGCUCCGGAUUGCUCUAAUAUCACAUGGAAAGGCCCAGUGUGUGGCUUGGAUGGGAAAACCUACAAGAAUGAGUGUGCCCUUCUGAAGGCCAGAUGUAAAGAGCAGCCUGAACUUGAAGUCCAAUACCAGGGCAAAUGCAAAAAGACCUGUAGGGAUGUUUUAUGCCCAGGCAGCUCCACAUGUGUGGUCGAUCAAAAUAACAAUGCCAACUGUGUGACAUGCAAUCGGAUUUGCCCAGAGCCUACUUCCCCUGAACAGUACCUCUGCGGGAAUGAUGGAAUAACAUACGCGAGUGCUUGUCAUCUGAGGAAAGCAACCUGCCUGCUUGGAAGAUCCAUUGGUCUAGCCUACGAAGGAAAAUGUAUCAAGGCCAAAUCUUGUGAAGACAUCCAAUGCAGCACCGGGAAGAAAUGUUUGUGGGAUUUUAAAGUGGGCAGAGGACGGUGUGCCCUUUGUGAUGAGCUAUGCCCCGAAAGCAAAUCGGACGAAGCUGUCUGUGCCAGUGACAACACCACUUACCCAAGCGAGUGCGCUAUGAAGGAGGCCGCCUGUUCACUGGGUGUGCUUUUGGAAGUAAAGCACCCAGGAUCUUGCAACUCCAUUAAUGAAGAUCCUGAGGAAGAGGAUGAAGAGGAUGACCAGGACUACAGCUUUCCUAUAUCUUCCAUUCUAGAGUGGUAAAACUUCCAUCACUUUUGGAACAGCCAUUGGGCACGAAAUACAAUGUCCAUACUGUACAUAAGUGUAUGCUUAUUUAUUUGGGGGAAGAAAAAAGUAUACAUAUAGUUGAAUCUUGUAGACAUUUAUUUAUACUGUGUCAUGUUUUAUAAUUUAUACAUAAAAAUGUCUGAUUGACUGUACACCUUUUUUUUGGAAGAAAUUUAAUCGUUAUGGGAUGAGCAGUGUUAUUUAUUGUGAGGUCUGUUGCUUGUAAAAUAAAGCUUUUUUUCUUGUAAACUAUAAAUCCAUUCCUUAAAGCUUACCCCUCCCAUCCCCAUCACAACUCUCAUCUCCUCAUUUCUGCCGAUGUUAACUCUUCUCCACUUUAACAAAACUUUGCAUGUCAGUUUCUGUUACAUUUUUAUUUAUUUCAUUUCCUUGCUGGUUCUGUAUAUACAUCCAUGAUCCCUCGGGUAUUUGUUUACAAGGAAUCUUGACUGACCAAAAGGCGAUGUAAACUGACUUAUGUAUUUGGGGUGCAAUGAGGCAAUCUUUAAGGAAACCUCUUCCCCUUGGUUAUGUUCUUCUAAUUGAAUCAUGUAUUGAGGUGAUCUCAGAGUACUGGACAUUUUUCCUGUACUAUGGGAAUCCAAACCCAAAGAUCGGAUUAUGAAGGCUGUUAAUAGCUAUGUGGCUAAAUGUAAUGAGAGCAUAUUUUUUUUAAUACAUUGUCACAUGUGUCAAUGUUUUAUUUGGUGUUUCCUUUCAGAUAGUCCUGCAGUUCCAUUUUUUAAAGUACUUUUGUUUCUCAUUCAAAGGUGUUCACAGAAAAUUAUAUCAAAGCUUUAUCAGUUCAAGUUUCUUGCUUUUCAUAAUACUUUUUUUCUGAGGCAAUUUUAUAUUUUCAAACAUGGCGAGUUAAAUAUAAAUUCAUUUAAAUAUAUAGUUUUGU